AUGCACGACAUAUACAACGCCCGAGACACCGCUCUUUCCUCUUCCUCUUCCCCAUCUACCGCCGACAUCGCGCGUGCUGGGCAGUACCUCCGGCCCCUCCUAAGCACCACCAUUCUGACUCACAUCUUUGAUAUUGAACUUGCGUUGGAUCGUGCUCUUCGCAUCUUACUCUCGAUCUGGAAAGGGAUGCCUCAACAUAUGCAGCUCCCGUUUUACUCAUUCGUCACGACCUACUUCCCUACUUUCUCCUUCUUGGAGAGUCACUGGGAAACGGCCGGCAUGCCUCGAGGCGCCAUCUCCCUAUUCUUUCCUGUUCAUGCGCUCGACGCACCGAUGUACCAAAUCCAAAUUCCCUAUGUCCAAUGUCCCCGAUACUACAUCAUGGACGUCGUCGCCUCAGACUAUUCGCGUUUCAUCCCGUCAACGGUUUUCGUUCCUUACAAGGACCGAAGUUCCCAACGUUGCCGCCAAGUUCUUGAUCGCAUCAAUUCGAUGCCGCUCUGGUUCUUUGGGGAGGAUGGCUCUCUUGGCUUUCCAAUUGAAGAAGGGGGGAGAGUGAGGCUUCUACACGGAGACGAUCCGUUGCACCUCAUGAACUCUCAGAACAAGUCGAUCACGACACUGAAGGUCAAGUUCGGGUGGCCAAACUAUCAGCCCACAGAGAAACAGAUCCGUGCGUCACCCAACGGGACGCUCAACAACCUCAAUCGGCUCGCAAGUCUGACGGCUGGUGCCGUGCGUAAUUUCAUGGGUGAUGAGCAAAAACUCGAAAAGCUCAUGAUAGACAAGAGUCCGGGGUUCCAUCCGUGGCAGAUCGGUACUCAACCAGGACGAAUCAGAAUCUCCGACGUCAUACUUCUCGGAGUGAUCUUUGUGUCUGACGGCGCCGCCAUGCCGUUGUUGGCUAUGAUGGAUUCCGAAUCUGCUUAG